AUGAGCUCUGCUGCUCACCCUGCUCCCACAGCUGGCUCUGGCCCCAGUUCUUCCCGCACCACCCAGUACCGUCCUGCUACCAUCGCCGAGCUAGCCAAUCAAGCACAAGAAUACGACUUCGACGAGAGCCUCGGCCUUAAGCACUGGCUUCGGAGCGCGGAGAAGGCAAGACGAAGUGCGGAACGCCUGGUUCAUGAGCAGCAGUAUGAAGCUGCGUUCAUCGAGUAUGCGAAAGCUGCUACGAUCGUACUCGAGAGACUCCCCAAACAUCGGGAGUACGGACAGCUUCUCAGUGCUGAUCAGAGACAAAAUCUGGGCAUGAACGGACAAGACAUCCUUGACAGUCUGAGCCAACUCAAACCUAUCCUCGUCGACCGGUACGAAAAAUGGCAGGCCAGCGAACGAUCAAGUCCUCCAUCGAGCACCCCACCCUCACGGGAUCCGAAUCUAAGUCGCGCGGAAGAGCGGGCUCGCGAUGCGCGGGAGGCCGCCCGUAUGGAAGAGGCCUGGAAGCAGGAAGACCUGUCGCGCCGGCAGGCCGAGGACCGAGAGCGGCUCGCGCGGGAGGAAGCGGCGUGGCGACAGUCUCAGGAGGCCCGGCGGAGAGAGGAGCCGGAUCGUGCGGGGCAGACGGAGAAGCAGUGGCGGGAAGAGGAGAACAGAAGGUACGCAGCGGAGGAGGCAAAGCGGGAGGAACGUGCAAGACAGAAGGGCGCAGAAGACAAACGCCGUCACGAGCAGGAGGGCAUCCUCCGGCGACAGCAGGAGGCGGAUUCCGCUGCGCGCUCGGCAAGGCGAGACUACAUGCGCACGACACCGUCUCCGGUCGGGCCCCCCAGCGGGAGUGCUGCGCCGCCGAUGCGCAUGCCAGAGCCGGACUCGGCCAUGCGUUCUGCGGGACGAGGAGCAUAUGGCCCGCAGCCAUCGCAGCCCUCGGCACCGUAUGAGUCGUCGUCGAAGCACCCGGACGAUUCCUUUGCAGACUGGUCGCGUCUCCGAAUAUCUGACCAACCAACAAAGAAGCAGGUCUCUGCCGCAGCGCACCCACCUCCUCUCACUACAACUUCUCCUCCUCCGCCGGAUCUGGGACCGAUCAAGUACCCCACUUUGAUGUCCCAGCACCAGCUGAAGCAAGGCUACGUCCCGUCCCUCCAAUCCAUGUUUUCUCCCACCACCCCCUCCCAUGCUCCCGACUCGUCCCUCCUUUUCGACCCCAAACCCUCCGGGUCCAGCAAUGGCCUGUACGGCAACAUCCUCCCAACUCCCUCCGCGCCCCCAGCCCCCGUCAUACCCCCGUAUCCCACGCACAUGCCUGUUCCAGAAUCACACCGACCUCUCUCAAUGCCCCAACCGACAUCCUCCCAGCACUCGAACACGUUCUCGCAGUCCAGCCAUCGCGGGCCAUCUCCUGGCGGUGCUCGGCCCGCCACCUACAACCCUUCACGUCCGAGUGGCUCGUACACACCAUCUUCCGCUCCGCCACCCCCUCCCUCGUCCUCCGCUUUGCCCCACCAUGCUCCACGAAUCGUGGCCGGGUCAUCGAAGGACGCGGCGGUACAGGAGCUGCGAACUGUCCGGCUGCCGCGCGAGUGCCUCGACAAGUUCUUGUCGAUCGCGCGCGUCAACACGCUGCAGAACCGGGAGACGUGUGGGCUGCUGCUGGGGAAGGACAAGGGCUCGAAGUACGUGGUGACAACGCUACUCAUCCCGAAGCAGCACUCGACAAGUGACACGUGCAUGAUGGACGAGGAGGAGCUUGUGCUGCAGUUCACCGAGGACCGGCAUCUCAUCACACUGGGAUGGAUACACACACAUCCCACGCAGUCCUGCUUCAUGUCGUCUGUUGAUCUCCACACCCACUCUGGUUUCCAGCGUAUGCUCCCCGAGUCAUUUGCUGUCGUGUGUGCCCCAUCUUCUACGCCUCGGUUCGGCAUCUUCCGCCUCACUGACCCUGCUGGCCUGCAAACCAUCCUCGGGUGCCACGCGAAGGAGGCCUUCCACCCACACCCCGAUGUCCCAAUCUACACUGAUUGCGAUGACUCCCACGUCCAGAUGAAGGACAUGCCGCUUGAGAUUGUCGAUCUACGGUAA